AUGAACACGGGUGCGGUAAGCGCGUCGAGCUGGCCGGGAACGCAGCCUCUUCCAUCCUCUCCGAAGGAAAUGAAAAGCUCUCCCGCCUUUUUCUCGGCGCGGGGACACUUCUGGAGCCUGAAGCCGUGCCGGCUUAGGCCGUCAGGGAUCUGCCAGAACGAGAAGAACGAAGUGAUGAGCAGCAAGUUGGACAUCGACAACAUGGCCGGGGUUUUCUACAUGCUGCUGGUGGCCAUGGGGCUGAGCCUGCUGGUCUUCGCCUGGGAGCACCUCGUCUACUGGAAGCUGCGUCACUCUGUCCCCAAGUCCCACAAGCUUGACUUCCUCCUGGCCAUCAGCAGGGAUGUAUGGGUCAUUUUGACCAGUCAUUCCCUCGCUUUGGCAUCCCACAAUUUUUACGCCUCCCUCAAAAAGAGAUCUGAGAUGAUGGAAAGAAUAAGAAAAGAGAUGAUCCUGAUGGAGAGAGGGCUGCACAGCCCUACAGCUGGCAAAAGGCUCUCGAAUUUGUCAGACUCAGCUGGAAAUGCGGUGCUGGAGGCCCUCGAAAAUUCUCCGCACAGUGGUCGCCUCAGCCCGAGACUGGCUGCCGCCUCCCUGCACGGCACGAUAGGGGACAUCUCCGCCAAAAGCAAAUUUGAAAUAGACACUUUAUUCAACCUCCAGCACCCGAGCAGCGAAAGCACCGUCACCUCCGAAAUCCCGCCGUCGGAAAGCAGGAAGAAAAUCAGCCUUUAUUCCGAAGUCGCCCAAGAGGCAGAGAUGAACAGCGAUGUGGAGGUGGGCUGCUCCGCGCUCCGCUCCCCAGCCAGCCUGGCUUCCUCCCAGCUGAAGGAAAGCAGCAACAAAGCGUCUCUCCCGGUAAAACGGCUCUCGGAUUUAUUUCUCACGCACCCCUGUCGCGCCUUUGCCUCUGAAAAGCCACCGCUGGGCAUUACUCAUGUUUAUAGCAGAUGCGCGCUAAGUCCAAACAUUGGUUUAGCACUAAUUGGCCGGCGAAACAGAUGCGUGUUUGCAAACACCGCAGCGAAAUUCCGCCAGAAGGACAACGGGGAGGAACGAUUCCGCCCGCUUUCCGCGCUGUUGUCCGCGCCCGGCCUGCGAAGAAGCCUUGCCUCUAACGGGCUGAAGUUAGUAAUCAGCAAGAAAGCCAUCAUCAGCGGCGGCGGCGAAAUGAGGGGCGCGCAUGGAUUUCGACAGGUCCGCGCUAAUGGGAAAGGAGCCAGAGCCCAGGAGGAGGAGGACUGUGACCGACGCAGCGUUUCGGGAGGGCUUGAGAGAGCAAAGAGCAGCUCCUCUCCCGCCGCAGUCAUCGGGCCGGGGAGCAGCCGCCUUCCCCGGGCACACGGGGACUUUCUAGAGUCGUCGGGACCGGUGUACAACCGAAGAAAGAUUACACUGUUUAAAAAGAGAAAUUUAGACCCAGAUGAUAACAGUAACGAGCCAAGGAGACGGGGUGGAGGGAAGUCAAUUUUACAACUGGAGAAGCAAUCUCUGAAGGCCUUGUGCAGCCUGUUGGGUCCGAGCGAGCGAACCCCAGUUCCUGAUAAAUCAUUAAUCACGGAUGAUCUUUGCAGCUAA